CUGACCCGAAGUCCAAGUCACGUGAUUGAUAUUCCAUCCUCGCCAUUUUGCAAUGUGGGAGAGAGGGAGGCCACUUUUUAUGACUAACGGAUAAAACAUAGCAGUUUUAUGUGUUGAGGACAAAGAGCCCCGAGCCUUUCCGUGUCAGUCAUGGAGGAGAUCAGCAAUGUAGCUGUACUCAUCACACAUUCCUCCACAGCCUCCUCUUCCUCCUCCACUCCAUCAGCACUGGGCUCCCUCUCUCAAACCCAAACCCAGCAAGCGAUAGUGGAGGACACCUCCCAGAGUUUUCAGCAGAAACAAGCUGCUGACUCUCUCAUCCAGGUCAUUGAGAAGCUCAGCAAAAUUGUGGAGAAGCAGCCCCAGCGCCGCAGCACCUUGGUGGGACAGAAAAGAGCACUCCAACAGGCCUCUUUUGCUGGGGGAGGAGGAGGUGAGGAGGGGACGGGGGCCAGCAGAGGAGGCCCUCUCUAUAAGAAAAUUAAGAGGAACAGUAAGGGGCAGGAAAGCGCAGAGGAAGUGAGAUUAGGUGGCAGCACGGCUGAUGGCGCUCUUUCCUCACCUGUGUCAGGUGACAGUAACAACAACAUCACCUCUGUGGUAAUGGAGGUACCCGGCAACCCCAACAGCGGCCAACACAAGCGGACAGUGACGUGCUAUCAGUGCAGCCUGUGCCCAUAUGUCUCCCAAACGCUGCCUCUGCUGAAAGAGCACCUGAAGCAACACAAUGAGCAAAACACUGACCUCAUCCUCAUGUGCUCCAAGUGUCGCUUUACCUCCAGAGACCAGGGGCAGCUGGAGGCACAUGUCAGGCUGCACUUCGACAACGGUGGAAACCUGAAGAAGAAUUCCACUCUGUCGGAUGCUUGUAGUGAAGUCAUGGAAGAGGUUGUAAGACAGCAGGAUGGGGACUGGACUGGGAGCAGCGGCAGUAGAGGAACAGAGGUGAUCAAGAGCUCAGUGGACGGUUCCAAGGAGCUACCACAGAAGACAAAAUGGUAUAGCUAUGAAGAGUAUGGAUUGUACCGCUGCCUGAUCUGCAGCUAUGUGUGCAGCCAGCAGCGAAUGCUCAAGACCCAUGCCUGGAAGCACGCAGGCCUGGUCGACUGCUCUUACCCCAUCUUCGAGGAAGAAGAUGGGGCUUCCGCAAGGAGAGAGGCACAGGCUGCAGCUAACACUGCCGCAACCAGAGAGGAAGUAGUUGUUCUGUCUCCAGUUCUUCAAGAUAAAAGUCUGCAAAAGCUGCCCACUGCCUUCAAGCUGCAGCUGUAUGCUGCUCCAUUGGCUGUUGAGAACAAACAGGAUGUGAAUCAUCCGGUUUCUCAUCUCAAUCUAAGUCCAAAAGCAGCAGAGGAAGAGCAGGAAAGUGUGUACCCUAUCAAAGACCUGACCUCCGAGGAGCCCAUGGUGGAGGUGCAGGUGACGACGGAGGCGGAGUCUGAGGUGGAGAUUGAUAGUCACCAUGACAGCACCUCUGUCACAGACAGCUUACUGUCAUCAGCUCAGAAGAUUAUCAACAGCAGUCCCAACAGUGCCGGCCAUAUCAACGUGAUCGUAGAACGCCUGCCUUCAGCUGAGGAUUCAGUCAUGGCGACUAAUCCACUUCUUCUCAGCACAGACGUGGACAGGGACAAGAUCCUGCUGGAUGCAGAGGAGGAAGAGCGUGACCAUGUGGGUACUACAAAGGAGGAGUUGGUCCCUGGCUGCAGUGCGGGAAGCACAACUGACAGCCAGCUAGUAGGAGCUGAUAUCCAAUCAUCUGUCGCUAUAAGUAGCGACCCUCCACGGGAUGAAAACAUUCCCCCAUCUGGUCGCAAGAGGACACAUUCUGAGUCUCUCCGUCUGCACUCUCUGGCUGCUGAGGCCCUGGUAGCUAUGCCUAUGAGGACCCCCGAGCUCUCCACCUCCAAAGUAACACUGAAGACCAGUACAGCCCAGGCACAGAGCCCAAACACGGGCGAGAAACUCGUAGAGGUGGCUACAGCUGGACAGAAGGCUUCUGAUGUAGCGACAACAGCAGCUCUGUUGGAUUUGGAGCUUCAUAGCAAGGACAGAGAGGAAGAUUUGGGGUCCCUGGGCCUUGGGGAGGAAGACGAGGAGGGCCCUUCCACUAAAGCCGGCAUCAGCCUGUCACUGCUCACCGUCAUUGAAAGACUCAGAGAGCGCUCGGACCAGAAUGCGUCAGAUGAGGAUAUCUUGAAGGAGCUUCAGGACAACGCGCAGUUCCAAAACGGAGCCGUGGCCGGUGUGGUCGCAGGAAACGGCGCUGGGAGUUACAUGUGUAGCAUCCCAGGAAUGGACGGGUUGGUCGCCUCUCCUGAUGGCGGUCUGGUGGACUACAUCCCCGGCACUGAAAGGCCAUACCGGUGCCGCCUUUGUCGCUACAGCAGCGGCAAUAAGGGCUACAUUAAGCAGCAUCUACGGGUGCACAGGCAGAGGCAGCCGUAUCAGUGUCCCAUCUGUGAACACAUUGCCUCAGACAGUAAGGACCUGGAGUGCCAUAUGAUCCACCACUGCAAGACCAGGAUGUACCAAUGUAAGCUGUGCCCAAAUGCCUUCCACUACAAGAGUCAGUUAAGAAAUCAUGAAAGGGAGCACAGCAGUGACGUGGCAGCCCUCACAGCAGUCACUGAAACCGUGGCCAUGGUGGAAGAUGCAGAGCCAGUAACAGUUGAAGAAUGUGGUAUGCAGAAGAUGUAUAAGUGCGAUGUGUGUGACUACACCAGCUCUACAUAUGUUGGGGUGAGGAACCACCGGCGGAUUCAUAACUCUGACAAGCCUUAUCGGUGUUGCAGCUGUGAUUUUGCCACCACCAACAUGAACAGUUUAAAGAGCCACAUGAGGAGGCACCCUCAGGAGCACCAGGCCGUGCAGCUGCUAGAGCAGUACAGGUGCUCUUUAUGCGGCUAUGUAUGCAGUCAUCCCCCAUCACUUAAAUCCCACAUGUGGAAGCAUGCCGGAGAUCAGAAUUACAACUAUGAGCAAGUUAAUAAAGCCAUUAACGAGGCCAUUUCCCAGAGCAGCCGAGCUCCCCAGAAGUUGUCUGCUGUGCUGGAGUCCGUGGCAGAGCGCCCUGCAGGGGCCCCACACUCAAAAGACAAAGCGAAGGGCCUAGUGGAACCGCUGCCAACACCCUCAUCAGCAACAACAGCAGCAGGUGGCCUGGCUGUGGAUGGCUCAGGGGGCCUCCCUAUACCCACCACAGACCCUUCACAGUGGCCUGGUGAAUCCCCAAGCCCCCAGGGGAAGGACCCUGCACAGCUCCAGUCGCGCUCCCAGAGCCAGCCACGUACAGGCCAGGCCCCAGGCCCCGGCAUGGAAUACUGUGUGCUCUUGUUCUGCUGCUGUAUCUGUGGUUUUGAGUCCACCAGUAAAGAGCGGCUGAUGGAGCACAUGAAGGAGCACGAGGGGGACAUCAUCAGCAUCAUUCUCAACAAGGAGCAACAGCAACCAGAAGCCCAACCAGGCCUCCAAACAGCAGAGUGAGACCCGCCCUUCACGCCCUCUCUUUAUAUUAACACUGACCCUGAGGUCUUACAGUUAUCUGCUUCCCACAAAAGUAGAUGUUUCUUUACCUCAAGGUGAUUGUGUCAGAUGUUGAGCUACAACCAUUUCGCGUCUACUGUACCAUAGUAGUUAAAUGUCAUUUCUCAGAAUGUCGUGUGAUUAGUUCGGCUGUGACAGCUACUGUCCAGUGCAGACGCCUUGAACAGGUGUAGAGAAAAGUUAUUAAAUGGUUUUCUGAGUGGCAUAUCCUGUAAGCAAUGUUAAAAACAUAGAACAAUGUUAUAAGCUGUUAAUAUUUCUGUCAAAUAAUUUGACAUUAAAGAGAGAGGGAAGUAGGGAAGUGAUUUGUAUUGCAAGGCACAAGCCUGAGCUCUAACCCAAGUUAGAUUUUUCACUAUACAGGGACAAGUUCAUACCUCACAAAACCACACAAUCCCUCACUAGAAAUGGAGAAAAAAGAUUCACAUAUUUUCCACUUUAAUUGAUAUAGUGACCAUAAGGCAGCUCUUUUAUUGCUACUGUAAUAUUUAAUGUAUUUAAUCCGACAAAGUUGAGGCUCUAGCCUAGUCAAGGAGGUACAUGUGCAAACCCACCAAUGCCUAAAGACAUGUAUCACAGCUUGAAUAUGAUUUAAUAUUUAUCCGUUUAUUUUAUGCAUGUUAAUUUCCGUAAUGGCAAUUUAAAGAGGCAGUUGUUUAUUAUGUUUUGCUUAUUUCCCCGUUUUUCUUUUGUAUGAGUGACUGUAAUUUUACUUGUUGGAUCAUUCAUAAAGUAACGUCUUUAUAGGACAAAGAAGUGGUUCUCACAGGAGGAGUGGAAGUUGACCAGAGCAAAGUAGAAAGUGGUCUAGGAUUACUUUGAUUGUAGUCUACCAGCCACAGAGGUAUUGGUGCAGAGCAUGUUGACAAAAGGAAUGAUGAAAAGGGAAGUUAGCCUAGGCAAGGCAUUUAUGUUAAUUGCCUAGAUAUUUCAAAACAGGAAUAUGUUGUAUUGAACCAGAAACACCUUUCACUUGUGAUUGUGGUGCUAGGCUCACUUUAAGAGUUGCCAUUGAAGGUGAUGUCUGUCUUUUUUUUUAUAGCCCAUGCAAAUGAAUUUAUGUUGUGUGUGUGUGUGUGUGUGUGUGUGUGUGUGUGUAUAUAUAAUAACAUUUACUCUGUUUUGUCAGUGUUUUUAAAAUACAAACCAUCUAGUUUCAAAAGCAACUUGAAAUGACUCGUGUCCCAGCUAACAAACAUGCCUGAAAUAAGAAGACAUGGAUGUAAAAAUUAGAUUUGGAAGGUGAGCCAUGUGACGGGCUGGAAGCAAGAGUGUAAUAUAAUUAAUGCUGCCCUGAUAUGGAAAAACUUAACUCAGCACAGUGUAAUGACGAUAAAGCGGAAACUUCGAUCUAUGAAGCCUUCGUGUUUACAGUGAUUGAUUGUCUCCGGGUGUGGAAGUUACUUUUCAUACAGAGUGAAUGGCAGAAAAAUUGAACCCCAAUAUCUCAAAUGAUGCUGACUAUUAAAAAAAACACCUGGAAGAAUGUAAGGGAAGGAAUGCUGGCAUUGUCACCCAGAUGCAUUUUAGGAACAACAAUCUUGCCCAAGAAACUCAUCAAGAUCCCAUUAAAACAUUUUAAAUGAACAGAAAAUGAAACCUGGAUUGACGAUGAGGAUUAUUCUUUUAAACAUUCAGUGUCAGAGUCUCAGCCCAUCUAAUGUAUCAUGGAGUCCUGUCAUGCAGAACACACAAAUUCAUCUGUAUGCCACACCUUUCUUACAUCAGCACAGACGGGGGCCGGGGAAAUUAAGAUAAAAUGGAAUAUCCAUAAUUCAUACCCCCCUUCUCCGCCUGACAUAACAGCUUGAAAUUGUGUCUGCACACGUGCGUAGCGUAGUGGAUCAGCCAAAAUUAAAUCUCUAUCUCAAAGACCUGUUACCUGGCCUGGAAUUCUCAUUAUCAAAGCAGGUAAUUAUUGUCUGGUUUUUAAUUUACAAUUCUACGUGUCAGAAUUAAGGAAGAUGGUGACAUGUCUAUAUAUAAAAAAAUAAAAUAAAAGUGGGACUUCAGCGUCCCUCUUGUCGGAUUAACUCGGCAUGAAUGUAAAUGAGCAGUGAGACAUAAAGACUGAACCGACCACAGACAGACCUCAGCCCUCCCCUUUCUGUCGUAUCGGGAUCUUCUAUUAAUCCUACAGCUUGUAAUUAUUCAAUUCAUGAAUUCUGGUUAAAGGUUCCCUGUGGAGUUUUUGACCUCUAGCAGCGCUAGAGAGCUGUUUUUGUAUGAGUCAUUCCCCAGUGGUCAGGCGAUACACAAUCCUUCCAGUGGUUUCACACUGUUCCACAGAUCUGCAGGUGGCAGCAAGGACAGUGAAGAAGGAGACUUUAAGCUUCUAAACAUCAAUACUAACAACGCAAGCUUUGCUAAUGAGGAAGGAACAACACAUUCGUUAGAGCUCAAGGACACACACAGUGUGUUUUGGGGGGGAAACACUGAAUGUAAACAGAAUUUUUGUUUGUUUUCACAAAAACUCCACAGGGCACCUUUUUAAACUUGGAUUUUAAUUUCAUUGUAAAUUGAGGUCUGGUAACAGUGUACUCAACCGUUUCAUUUGUGAGUAAGGCUGUCACUUGGGAAAAAAAGAGUUUCAACAAAUUGAUAUUUAACACGUCAUUUGCUCAAAUAAAUUUGAUAACAACGCACAACCUAAAUUAUGUUGGAGAAUUGAUGUUCCGUUCAUUCCUAGUGCCUCCGCUGCCUCAAUCGUGCAAAAUGUUAAAGAGGUCAUAUUAUGCCUUUUGGCUUUCUCCCUUCCUUUAUUGUGUAAUAAAUAUAUAUAAUUUUUUUGUACAUGUAAUAUGUUUGCAAAGUGGAAAAGCCCAAAGUUCACUCCAUAGCUAAAACAGAGCGUUCAACACACGGUGUGUUUGUUUGUUUGUUUGUUUUUUUUAUAUAUGAAACCAUGUAAAGCUGUUCUGGUACAACCCCUAAAAUAAAAUAAUGAACCUGAAAAUGAGCAUAAUAUGACCACGUUGACAUUUUUGUGAAGCUGUUGCAUUUUACAAAGUCAGAAAACAGUUUUACUUUUAUCCACCCAUUCUUCCAUCUACAUUCCUACUUCUCAGAUGGUUUGGCGUCGAGAUUAUCCGUGCAGCACGGCUCACUAGUUUUCUCCAUAUUGCGUUAGCAUAGAAAACAACAAUAUCAAAGGCUGGCCUACAAGCAGUCAGAUGAUCCCACAGGUUGAAUGUGAAAACAAAGGUGAACAGCAAAAUUGUUGUAAACAUCCAUCACCGUUUACAUUUGGCACUGUAGGUUUUUAGCAAAUUUUACUCAAACAAGCCAUAAAAAGUGUAUUUCUUGGGUACCAUUUUAAGUGUGCGUUAAUACACAUUUGGUGCGCUAGUGAGUAUUAGUAGUACGUGUAUGUGGGAUUGACUACAGUGUAGUCACUAAAGUAAACUCAGUGCUUGUGUUCAUGGUAAUAUACAGGUAUGUCAUCCAGUUCAACAGUGUGGCUUAAUGUGUUUUCAAUAGUAUUUGGAAAACAAUGGAGGCCUAUGGUGCAGAGGAAUAGCAUACAUCAAACUUUGGAUGCAAAGUCAAUACUUUGUUGAUUUUGGUCUUUUCAUCAUAGUUAUUGAAAGUAAGUAGAAAUAUGUAUAAUCGACAAUAUCCCCAGACUUCCUUGGUGUGUACAGUUUUACCAUAACCAGUAGAAAUGGCUGCAAAAGACAGCAUCCAAGUAGUAAGACACUUGCUGAUCUCAAUGACUGUACAGUAUAUGUGUUAAUUGGGAAUAACAGAAUGUCUUCACUUUCAAUUCGUGUUGUACAGCAAACCAAGCACUGCAGUGUUAGCUGAACCUGGAAAAAUGAACUAGCUGUUGUAUACCUUGGCCUUUUAAAGUGAGCUGUAAUUAUAAAAUAGCUUGUGGUAAUUUUUAAAGUAAAACGAAAUCAUUUCAGAUAUUUUUUUACAUUUUUAUCUUAAUUGCUAGCCAAGUCAAGGCAAAAAAAAUAUUUUUUGGAAAUACUGUAAAGUUCAGUUGACAGCUGGAAAAUGCAUCCUGGGUCAUUCUUCUGGUGAUAAAUGCAUAUGGGUCAAGUGGGAUUUUGCAGGCAGUGAUACAUCCCAUUUGGUGUCUCAAAUUCCAAAAGUGUGUCAACACAUGCAGCAGACACAGCAAGUAUGAAAGGAAGUGUCUGUUUACCACUUUCAGAGCAUACAAAUUUUCUUGUUCACCACGGUUACAUUUCCCUCCUUUCAUUUUAAUUCAUACCACAGAACUAUACAUUUGUGCCAUAUUUGAAAGCAAAGCAUUGUAUUUUGUUUUAGUUUAAUGUGCCUUUUAGUUCAAUGUAUUAUUUGUCUUGAAAGUAGAAUUUUGACCCCCCUGCCAAAACGUCGGUCAAAUAGAUCAGUGUUUUGAUUCGUGCACAAAACAGACAGUCUUUGGUAUUGAAGUUGAAGCAAAAAUCUUGAUUAUUGUGACAAUGAUGGGUAUCAUCUGAACACCUCAGUAUGUUUUCCACAGAAGCAAAUCCACAUUUUUGUUUUAUUAAGCAGUUUGGGAGACGGAGAAACAACAGCAAACCAAGAAUGUGAAAUAGCUCUUUCUUAUAGUACUAGCUACGACCUAGUAAUGAGCUCAAACACUUGGUACUGUAUUUUUAAAGUGUAAAUGUUGUAGAUGAAUACUGCAGAACCUUAAAACUGAAUUUUUAAAAAGAUAAAAAUCUAUUUUUCAAUGUUCUUGUAAAAAAAAACAACUAAUAAUUGAGACAAAAAAUAAAGUUUUAGAUUGAAUUUUGGCUCUGAUCUUAUUUACUUCUAGUGUAUUUGAGAGAACUGAUGGUUUUAAGCUACACAGCUAAAUGAGCUAAGGAGGUGGAGAAGAUAACAUGUCUGUAUGUAUCUGUGUAUUUCUGCUCUUAUUCAAUUUUGUAAUGGAGGUUCAACAUAGAAUUGUGUCAGACAGCAGUGUGAUGCUUGCUUUAUGUUAAUUUAUUUUUAGAACAUCAUAGGCUUUAUUAUGUCACUACUUUGCCAUUGUAUUUUUGGUAAUAAAGACAGAAAUAAAUGAC